UAACAAGAUACAAGAUCCAAAUCUUGGAUCCGCCUCUCGAGAUCGCCUCUUCGAUGUCCCAAUUCUCAGUCACAAAUCUUUCCUGACACUAUCCAAAAGAAAACAAUCCUCCCAUAGAUCAGCUGGAUGCACAUGUUGUACCAUUCAAUCCAGCCGCCAUACAAAAAUUGAACACUGUCAUCACACCACAUUUAGUUGAUACACUCUACCAGUUUAUACUGUAUAUUGCUGUAUACAGGACGAGCAUGUGCUUCUACAGUACGAGUACACCUUGCGAGCAGUGAAACGUAGCGGUGUAAUAAAUACACAAACAUGAAAGCAACAAACAAUCUCGUCAAUACUAAACGAUGACCAGAAUUUGAACGUAUACUCCAAGUUGAUUCUUUACAAUCAAUCAAUUUUAAUGAAUGCUUAAAAUUUUGAUUAUCUGUGACUUUUGCGCGGUUUUUAAAUUGGGUGGUAAUCGUAAAAGACUCCAUCGAAAUCAAUGUUUCACCCAGCAAAGCAACUUUGCACUGACACAAUCGGAAAAAUUUAGCUGAAAUUUAUUAUUUGAGGUCAUGAACGAACACCGAGAUCACCUGGUGGCUCCUCGCAUCAGCAAUAAUGACGGUUCAACUUCUAAUGACGUCACAGUAAACCUGGACCAAUUCGAGCGAAGUGCUAGGGUAGUUCUUAACCAGUUCCUCACUUGUUACCCUGACAGCACUCACCCGGGAGCACAGCAGUUGCGACAACUUAGUGUCCUCCUGAAGGAUCCUGUGUUCAGAGAGAUUUACAAGUUCAACUGCGAAAACAAAGAACUGUUCAAACCAACGGUGCCGCCACAACAGUCGAAGAGCAUUUCACUUCCAGAUAACUUUUACAGAGUGCACUUCCCAGCCAGACCCGGUUCCUCAUGGGGAUUCAGCGUCGGCGGAGUGGAGCUGGAAAGGGACCCCAACGAGGUCUCAACUCCCACUCACGAACAGGUGUGCAAGCUAGUGGUGGACAGUGUCGAGGCUGCUGCUGUGGAUCGGAAGGAGGCACAUUUGAGGAUGUUAAUCAGACCUGGCGAUGAGUUGGUCCUCAUCAACGACUGCGUCAUCCAGAACCCAAAACAUUUCAAGACCAUAACAUCGAAACUAGCCGGUCGCCAUCAACCGGUCGAGUUUGUUUUCGAGCAAAAUCUACUCAACGAGUCUCAGUUACAUAAAUCAGUGAUUCGAUUCCAACAGCAAAAAUUAACUAUCAGCCUCGAAACGAACGAGAUCGGCGGGAGUUUCGGAUUUGCAAUUGUAACAUUAGACACAUUGACAGUGGUCGAAAAAAUAGUUGAAAACGGAAUUGCCUGGAAAGACGGAAAUCUUAGAAAAGGAGACAUCAUCCAAGCUAUCAGCAAUGUUCCGAUUCAUGGUUUGAACUCAAAUGAAGUGGUUACAAUUUUAAAAUCGUGCGGAAGAGUUGCUGAUUUGACAGUCAUCAGAUACCAGAGGUUCGACUAUCCUAUCCGGUUCGACCAAAAUCUGAACGAAUUCUUUCACGCUACUCUGGUGAAGCAAUUUGGUUCCCUAGGAAUCAACAUUCGGUCGCUCCCUGGAAGCAAAGACUUCAAAGACGAGCGACUCUUUAUAAAAGACGUCGUACCCGGAUCUCCCGCUGACAAAUGCGGCCUUAUCCAACCUAUGGACCAAAUAGUGGCCGUCAACGGGCAGUCAAUAAGUCACCUGACCAAAGACGAGUCUUUGACGCUUCUCAAGCAGAAUUCGAAAGAAGUCCAUUUAACUUUCUUAAGAGAAGCCGAAAUGGGUUCUCAGGAUGAUGAUUUGGACGAACCGAAUCAAGGGACGGUAGAAGAGAGGAUAAAGACACACCAGAGAAGAUUGGGCGAAGGUUUCGAAGUGCAGCAUUGUCAAGUAAUAGCUGAACAUCUGAUGUCUAUGGUGAAAGAACACAGCGAUCCAUCUACAGGUGCUCUCAAAUACAUCGUGGACCAGGUUCCCAAAAUUCGACACAACCAACAACCACAAGGUAGACCAACGAAUCUUAUCAACGCAUACCCCUUGGAGUCCGGAGACAAUCUUCUGGAAAUCGACGGGAUCCAAACAUGGAACAUGGAUCCUUUUAACCCAGCAUUUUCUCGCUUUUACGGUCCCCAAUUUGACAAACGGAGACACAUCACAGUGGUUUACAGUCGAAACAAUCGGAACUCUCAUUCUCACAGCAUUUUAAAACAUGAGCAAGAUGAAUUGCAAGGUCCAGAAUUUUCAAUGAAUCCAAUGUUUGGAAAAAUUCACGGUGGACCAAGCGACCCCACCAAUAAACCAGCGAGAGCAAGUCGGAGUCACAAAGAAACUCCACUUCAUGUCUACAAGCCGGACAAAUACAAUGAAAUCACAAGAUCGGAAUUCAAUGACACAACGGCAAGCAUGGUCCAUAGAUCUCAAUCAAACGAGCGACUCGUCAAGCCGAAACACAACAACGCUACUACUCCAUUCAAAGAGGCGACUCACUCAAGGUCAGAACAGCACAUCUACAGCUAUGCUAGAAAUCCACACAUAUCCGACCCUACAACACAGGGACCAUCAAAAGCUAAUGAACGUCAGCUGUCAAACAAUGAAAGAAUAAACGCGAGUGGAGACCCCACUAAUGAGUCCCCUGAAAACGACUACGACGAGCUGCGGAGAUCAAAAAUGACAGAAUAUCAGGAAAUCUUCCCUGACGUCGAACUAAGCUCAAUAUACUCCAAAACAGAGACAGCUGCAGACUCGCGCGCGAAUGCAAAUGAAUUGGAUCUCAGUUCUGUCAACUCAAGAGGCGAAGGCACUCUAGAAGCCGACAACAGUGUCAUGUUUGUGGAAGCAUCGUGGGAACCAGAGGCGAGCUUGUGCACAGUUAUGAAGAUUGAGGGAGAAAGCAUGGGUCUGAAGAUAUCUCAGAUUAACAUUGAAGAUGGAAGUCCAGCGAUUGUGGUACAAGAAAUCAUGGAGGGUGGGGAGGCAGAAAAAGCUGACAUCAUGGCUCCAAAUGACCGAAUAGUACAGGUCAUGAACUACGACACCUCAAAGUGCCUUGGCAAAGACUUCGUUAAUCUUAUGAAUCAUCUACACAAGGGGCCAAUCACCAUUGGUGUCCGCAAGUUCAUACCACUAAGGUACCACCAAAUCCAGGGAUCUGACCUGAUCGAGCAGGACAACGAGGAAGAUGAAGCAGACGGAAGUGAAUACGACAGUGAAUUUGACGAAGACGAAUUAGAAGACGACGAAAGACAUGAUAAUAUAACCGAAGAAAGCAUGAAAGAGGACAAAAGCGACAAGCCUCUGUUAAAAACCGCCAACAAAAAGAUGUUUGCAUUGCUUGGGAAUGAGGCGAAACCGGACGUGCGGAACAUCGGCAGAAGCGUGAAAUCGCAAUCUGAUUCCGAACUCGAGAAUGACCAAUUUGAUGGCCAUAAAAUCAAGCAGGAGAAGCGAAAGGAGUACCAAAUAUUGGACAACACAGUUUCCACAAAUAUCGAUGUCAGUUUCGACGCUCCCUCAAACAAAGUUGCUUACUCUCACUCCAAGUCUGGCAGUGAAAAGAUGGCCAACAUACGCGAGCGAGAUCCAAGUCGAGUCAAUAACAAUCACCUCACUUACAGAGUGACGAGCGCUUCUUCCGUCAAUCAGAGCAGAGCAAACGAAAGUCCUGGUACAACAAUAGUUCAAGACGAACUGUCAGAACUCAACGGCUCGCAACAGCCGGGGACUAUACGGAACGAACCAGAGGACAACAGCACUUUAUCACAGAUUACAAAAUGGCCAGACGAGCUAGUGAAGAACAUCGUGAUUGAGAAAAAAUCUGAGCAGCGAAUGGGCAUGGGCCUCGUCUCUCCUCACGACAAAGAGAGGCUGAUACCUUUCCACAAUGCCGGCAUGCUAGUCAGAACUAUCACGUCAGAUGGUCUCGUAGGACAGGAUGGACGACUGCAAGAAGGUGACUAUCUGGUGGCGAUUAACGGUUAUGAACUGGGCAGCGUACCGACAGAACUGCAGCCAAUAAUGCAGACGGCCGUCACAGAUCCCCGAUUUGUCAAUGCAGUAGAACUUCACUAUGUACCGGGAGAGGAAGCAGACUACUUCUUACAGACAGGCAACAUCAUUAGUCUCAAUUCUGAAGCCUCUACUCUUCGUGAAAGCCUGCACAGUGCGAACGCUGAGGAAGCCUACAUGGAAGAAGUUCCGAGUUCCCAAGAACGAAUUAAUGAACAGCCGGAAAACGUCGCCGAAUCCGACGCUCCUGAUUUCUCAACGAACACCUUUGUUUCCCCAUAUGCCUCUUCGGUUCAAAGCCAGGAACCCAGUUUCGAGCAGAUGACAUUGGGGCCCAAGAGAUUCGUCGAGAUAGUGAAAGCGGAAAACGAAUCGCUUGGAAUCAGUAUUGUCGACUAUGCCGCAAUUGGGAUCAUAGUUCAGAGUGUGAGAGAGGGGAGUGCUGCGGAUUUAAAAGGAGAAGACCGCAUUUAUCCAUGGGACAGACUGACCUCGGUCAACGGUACCGAUCUCACCAGGGUCACAAGAGAAGAGGCAAUCACUAUCAUUAAACAGUGCAGGUCUCAUUUGAGGUUCAUCGUCCAAUCAAUCAUGUUCUUGAACGACGAUCGAAAUACAAACGGAGACCAUGGAUCUGUUGAGUCUUGAAACUACAUUUAAAAAAAUUAGCACAAUAAAAUACAAAUGCACAAAUUAAAUUGACGAAUUCGCGAA